GAAGUGGAAUUUUGGUCAUGUGGAGCAGGAUAAGAGUAAAAUCGAACGAGAAGGCGUUAUUAUAGGCAUGGUUGGAUCACGUUUUCAGCGUAACAACAAAAUGGAAUGGGAGGAUAUACUUAUCACCAGGGAACAGAAUACACCACAAAACGGUUAUGGAUUGGUGGAUAAUCCGACACGUGAAUCGGACUAUCGUCGCAUUUGGCGUCAGUUCUAUAAUGAGCCAAAGGAUUUCCUAUACGAUGAAAUUGAGAAAGAUUACAAGCGAUUCCUUGAUAUCAAAAAGAAUUCAACUAUCUAUAGAUUCGAUACUUUGGUCAUGAAAAAGCGUUUUGCAAUCCUUUUUGACACUCUCUUACUGGAGGCCCAAGGCAGAGCCAUGCGAGCCGAUAAAUCCGCCUAUAUACAUGUGGUGGGCUUUGGCCUGGGCGUUUGGUUGAUCCAUGACAAGCAGGAGAAAAUUUUCUUCAAUUCCUUUGAAGAACGUCUCCUGGCACUGGGGGAUCAACUUAAUCAUGUGGAUGUGGUGCAUUUCUCGUAUUUUACUCUAUCAAAAGUUGGUAAACUAUACGAUGGUGCUUUCAUACCCUUUAAAAAUCAUCCCAAGCGAGGCAUUAAGAUAUGCAUCUCAAAACGUAAUCCACAUGAGAACCUAAAGGAUAAUACAAUGUUAUCGGUUGUCUCCUAUGCCUGGGAUUCCAAUGCUCUGCCGGGCAAUGAAUUCUGGUCUGGCACACUUCAUACUAGUAGUGAUCCGGCGGCCGCGUGCUCCACUCUGAUCACCGAGCUAUUGAAUCCUCACAUCAAUGUUGACUAUUUGAAUGGCAACAAUUUGCAUAUUGCCUCUGUCCGUUAUGGUCUUAUCCAUAUUACGGAAUAUGCCCAAAGAGUUGCCAACAAUUCAGUACGGGAAUAAAAAAAACAUUUAAAAAUGCUUCAGAAACAUAAAAAUCCAAAAGGAUUCCAUGCUAGGGUUCAAUAUUCUCCCUACAAAAUAGUCAUUUAUGAUCAGAUUGUGGAUAUAUACAUAUAUAUAUAUAUAUAAAUGUAUAUGUACACCAAUAAUAUUUCAAACAAUUUCUACUAAUGGUCCUAUUUAAUACAUAUUUGUUGUCUUUUGAAAAGAAAUUUCUACUUUUAAGUACAGUAAAAUCUCCCUAUAACGAAUCUGAAGAAAUUCA